AUGUGCGUCCCCACGGGACCGUCGCAGGGACCGUCCUCGGGGCCGCUGGGGGAGAGGCAGGCCUCUCUCACUGUCGAUUGGCUCGACCUGUGCCGGCGGCACGCCCUCCCCACUCCGAUUGGCUGGUGUGGCCCCGCCCCCCGGGCGGGCGGUGUCGGCGGCAGCAGCAUGGCGGCGGCGGCGGGGGCCAUGGCGGCGGAGGAGGCGGAGGAGGCGCUGGGGCUCUUCACCGGCAUCGGCCUCAGCGAGGCCAAAGCGCGCGAGACGCUGCGCAACGGGGCGCUCAGCGCGCUGCUCCGCCGGGCCGUGCUGCAGGCUCGGAGCGCGCUAGGGCCGGCCCUGGACAAAGCCACCGGGACGCUGCUGUACAACGCGGCCGCCCGUCUCAGGGACCCGAAGCACCUCGGCUUCCUUGUCGGCUACAUCGCCCGCAGGGAGAUCCUCACCGACCUGCAGCUCAGCGCCGCCCUGGAGUACGUGAGGAGCCAUCCCCUGGAGCCCCUGGACGUGGCGGACUUUGAGCGGGCCUGCGGCGUGGGGGUGUGCGUCACCCCGGAGCAGAUCGAGGAGGCGGUGGAGGCCGUGAUCGGACAGCACCGAGCAGAGCUGUUGGCGGAACGCUACCACUUCAACAUGGGGCUGCUGAUGGGGGAGGCACGGAGCCGGCUGCGGUGGGCAGACGGGAAGACCAUCAAGAAUGAAGUGGACCUGCAGGUGCUGCAUUUGCUGGGGCCAAAGACAGAAGCUGACCUGGAAAAGAAGCCAAAGACUACAAAGGCCCGGCCGGCCCCGACAGAGAAGCAGAAGGCAGCUGUGGUGGAGAAUGGCGAGGUGGGCGUGGAGACGCGGUCGCUGCUGGAACAGCUGCGCGGAGAAGCCCUCAAGUUUCACAAGCCAGGAGAGAACUAUAAGACGGAGGGCUACGUGGUGACGCCCAACACCAUGGCUCUGCUGAAGCAGCACCUGGCAAUCACGGGUGGGCAGGUACGGACACGAUUCCCUCCUGAGCCCAACGGCAUCCUGCACAUUGGCCAUGCCAAGGCCAUCAACUUCAACUUUGGCUAUGCCAAGGCCAACGGUGGCGUGUGCUUCCUGCGCUAUGAUGACACCAACCCCGAAAAAGAGGAGGAGAAGUACUUCACGGCCAUCCGGGAGAUGGUGGAGUGGCUGGGCUACCAGCCCUAUGCAGUGACCCACGCGUCAGAUUACUUUGACCAGCUCUACAUCUGGGCCCUGGAGCUCAUCCGCAGGGGCCAGGCAUACAUCUGCCAUCAGAAGGUCGAUGAGAUCAAGGGCCACAACCCACCGCCCUCCCCAUGGCGGGACCGACCCGUGGAGGAGUCGCUCCUGCUCUUUGAGGACAUGCGAAAGGGCAAGUUUGGGGAGGGAGAGGCCACGCUGCGGAUGAAGCUCGUGAUGGAGGAUGGGAAGAUGGACCCCGUCGCCUACCGUGUCAAGUUCACUCCCCACCACCGCACCGGGGACAAGUGGUGCAUCUACCCCACAUAUGACUACACACAUUGCCUCUGCGACUCCAUUGAGCACAUCACGCACUCCCUCUGCACCAAGGAGUUCCAGGCCAGGCGCUCCUCCUACUUCUGGCUGUGCAACGCGCUGGAUGUCUACUGCCCUGUGCAGUGGGAGUACGGGCGCCUGAACCUGCUCUACACCGUCGUCUCCAAGAGGAAGAUCAUCCGGCUGGUGGAGACAGGUGCUGUGAGGGACUGGGAUGACCCGCGGCUCUUCACGCUGACAGCCCUGCGCCGGCGAGGCUUCCCCCCCGAGGCCAUCAACAACUUCUGUGCCCGGGUAGGUGUGACGGUGGCCCAGGCAACGAUGGAGCCACAUCUGCUGGAGGCAUGUGCACGGGAGGUGCUGAACGAGCAGGCCCCUCGUGCCAUGGCCGUCCUGGAACCCCUCAAGGUCACCAUCACCAACUUCCCUGCCCCAAAGGCACUCGAGGUCCUUGUCCCCAACUUUCCAGCCGAUGAGAGCCGGGGUUUCCACAAAGUGCCGUUCCAGCCCACUAUCUACAUCGAGGAGACGGACUUCAGGGAGGAGCUGAACAAGGGCUACAAGCGCCUGGCCCCUGGGCAGCCAGUGGGGCUGCGCCACGCUGGCUACAUCAUUGCCGUCCAGAAUGUCAUCAAGGACGCCAGUGGGCGCGUGAUUGAGCUGGAGGUGACCUGCACCAAGUCAGAUGUGGCAGAGAAGCCCAAAGCCUUCAUCCACUGGGUGUCGGAGCCACUGGCAUGUGAAGUGCGGCUCUACGAGCAGCUGUUUUUGCACAAAAAUCCCGAGGACCUGUCAGAGGUGCCCGGCGGCUUUCUGAGUGACCUCAACCCUGACUCCCUGCGGGUGGUCUGCAAUGCCCUCGUCGACAGCUCCGUCGUCUCCGCCCGGCCCUUCGACAAGUUCCAGUUUGAGCGUCUGGGCUACUUCUCGGUGGACCCCGACAGCAAGGAGGGGAAGAUGGUGUUCAACCGGACAGUGACACUGAAGGAGGACCCCGGCAAGGCCUGAAGGACCCGCUGCUGCCGCCUCGCCAUGGUGCUGCUUCCCUGGGGGGCCCCGGGCA